CCUGCAUGCACCUUGACGCAGGCAGCUUGUCUGUAGCUGCUGCUGGCUGCUGCAGGCGUGCUAUUUGCGGCAGCGGAGAUACCUCUGCGAAAUGCCUUUUGUAUGCCCGGGUGUGUUUUUUGGUUUUGUUUUGUGAGGGUCUGAUCACAGUGUUUGUAGCCAUGCUCUGUGGUGGAUUCAGCGGGCUGUCCUAGCUGACUGAGCCGCUCCAGCAGCGGUGGGUCCGGUGCAGUGCACAGCCGGGGAUGAGGCCUACUUGUUAAAGCUCCCCCACCACCCCUCCAUCGCGAUGGCUGAUGAUCAACAACAACCUGGUCAGAAGCCUGCCUCGGGAUUAGGCUCUCUUCCAGCGCUGGUGCCAGGACUCCAGGGGCCCGAGGCUAACGCGUUACAGUUCAAAAUAAAGAAUUCAAUUUGCAAAUCUGUACAAUCAAAAGUGGACAGCAUAUUGCAAGAUGUUGAGAAGUUUACAGACAUCGAAAAACUCUACCUCUACCUUAAGUUGCCUUCUGGUCCCAGCAGUGGCAAUGAUAAAAGGACUGAGAAUGAGAGGGGGUCGUCCACUCCUGGAUUAUGUGAUCAGAGUUCCAUGUCAUCAAGCCGUACCCAACAGAUGUAUGCAUUCAACUGGAUACGCAAUCACCUAGAAGAGCACCCAGAGACGUCCCUCCCAAAGCAAGAAGUGUAUGACGAAUACAAGAGUUAUUGUGACAAUCUCGGCUACAAUCCACUGAGUGCAGCGGACUUUGGGAAGAUUAUGAAGAAUGUUUUUCCUAAUAUGAAAGCUCGUCGACUGGGAAUGAGGGGCAAAUCCAAAUACUGUUACAGUGGGUUGAGGAAGAAAGCUUUUGUUCACAUGCCAUCCUUGCCCAACCUGGAUCUACAGAAGUCUGGUGAUGGGUGUGAACUUAUGGAGUCGACAGGCCAAUCUCCAAACGCUGAGGAUGAAAUGAGAUCUGCAGCCUGUGGACUGGUCUGUGAGUGGGCUCAAAAGGUCCUUAGUCGUCAAUUUGACAGCGUGGAGGACCUGGCUCGCUUCCUGCUUAAUAGCCACUACAUUGGAACCAAGUCCAUGGCUGCACUCACUGUUAUGACUGGAACACCCACAGCAGGAAUAAAGACCCCAACUCCAUCUUCUGCCUUUGUGCCCACUGCUGAAGCAAACUCAUUCCAGCCCCAGGUGAAGACCUUGCCCUCUCCUUCUGUUGAUGCAAAGCAGCAAUUGCAACGCAAGAUCCAGAAAAAGCAGCAAGAGCAGAAGCUCCACUCACCCUUGCCCAGUGAGACCCAAGUCAAGCGAACAGAGGCCAGUACUCCUGGGCCCACCAUUCCUUGUGGAAGCCCUGCUCUGCUAUCCUCUCAGCCCACCAUAGGAAUCGUAGUAGCAGCAGUCCCUAGCCCAGUCACGGUACAAAGAAGCAGGCAGUUGAUGACCUCACCCAGUCCUGUGGGGACAGCAGAAGGAAAAGUGGUGCCUGUGAACUUUCAAGUGGUCACUCAGUCUCUUAAACAAUCCCCCAAAACUCCCCAGAAUAUACCAGCUAGCCCUGUAGGUGACCGGCUGGCAAGACACAGUACACGAUAUGCUCAAAUCCUGCCCAAGCCCUCUGCCACCAGUGCCAUCACACUGCGCUCUCCACCCACCUUGCUCAUCACCAACAGCCCCAUAAAAACUGUGAUGCCCACUCCCCAUGUCAGCUCAGUCAACGUGGUGAAGAUGACAGCCAUCGCUUUGGCUCCCAGCAGCAGUAGUAACAACAGCAGCACAGCUGUGCGACCAGCUUCGGCUGGUGUGAACACCACAUCUGCUAUGGAUGAUUCCCAGCAGUCACAGGGUGGGAGUUCAAUUGCCCCUCCAUCUCCUGCAGUCAUAACCAGCGUCCAAGCAUCCACUCCUAUCCUCUCUAUUGACACCAAAGGGGUGUCUGAAGCUGGAAAUGACUCCACAUCCGGUACAGAGAAACAUGCUGUUGUAGCCAAAGAGGAGAAAGUGGCUAAAUUCAGGGCUGCCAGUGAGCCAAGCUUCUUUGUUAAGUGUUCUCCAUUACCAGACAAAGGGGUAAGGGUAAAAAGUGAUUCUACAUCCCCUCCCACCUCUAUAGCUGUAGCUGGGACUCAGGACAGCAAUAACAGUAACUGCCAUGACAGUACUUUGUACUUGACUGUUGAUAAUCAGAACUCCAAUAGCAACACAUCAUCAAAUGGCUCGUCUGCUGUUGCCCCAACAUUGAAGGAUCCCUGCCCAGAUGCUAAGAGCCCAAGGAAGCGCACAGCCGGGGAGUCACAUGUUAUUCCAGUUAAGAGGGUGUUUAUCUCCCAGCAGCCACUUCCUGUGAUUGACAAUCCCAAACCUGGGGUCAGUGCUGCAGUGAAGAGGAUUCCCAGACCAGGAACCCCUGCAAGACCAGAGAGUGCCCCCUGCAAAGGGACUGUAAAACACACACCUAUAGGGCCCCCACAGAUCCUUGCACUCAGUGACGCACCAAUCACUCACACAGAGGGAACCGAGACUGUUGUCAAACAGCAAAAUUUGGUGGUGAAACAUGAAGACCGUACUAUCAGCAUUGAUACCAAUGCUAUAGUUGCUGGAAACAAUACGUCUGAUCAGGCAUUGCUGCAGCAGAUCACUGGGGACCCUUGUGCCAUACCAGCCAACUCAGGACCACAUGAAGCCUCUGUGGUGAGUGAUUUAAAGAGCACAAUAUGGGAGACACAGCAGAUACCAGCAGAACACAAACAACCCCCGUCUGACCAACUUUCCAUGAUAACUCAACCUUCAGAGGCCUCGGGUCAGCUCAGCCUCACACAGGAGAUGGUUGACUUUGCAGGUUCUCAAUCCAACAUGGACUAUUUCCCGUUCAAUGAUGAUGACAUGACCCAGGACAGCAUAGUGGAAGAGCUUGUCCAAAUGGAGGAGCAGAUGAAGCUAAAGGGUCUGUUUGGAAACUGUGUUGAUGUGUCCCUACAGGGUCAGUCAGCCAGCGGUCAAAGCUCAAUCCUUAAUACUCACCAAGCCAAUACUACCUUCUACCACUCUGCACACAGCAGUACCACUCCUGUCCAAACUCCCACUCCAACACCAACCCCAACCCCGACACCAACCCCCACCUCUGAAAUGACGCUUGCGCACAGCCUGACGAGAGAGAGCCCAUGCUCCCGCAUGGCUCCUAUCACACCUGUGGAUGGAGCCAUGGGUCGCCACACCCCCAUUAGCACGCCACUGUCCAACUGCAGCAGCAGCGUACCUCCAAGCCCAGUCGAGUGCAGGAAUCCUUUUGCUUUCACUCCCAUUAACUCGAGCAUUACAGGUUAUCAUGAUGCAAGUAUUGUCUCCAGCAGCCCUGUAAAGCCCAUGCAAAGGCCCAUGGCAACACACCCAGACAAGGCCAAGCUGGAGUGGAUCAACAACCGCUACAACAGCAACUCUGCAGGUCCUCUAUCCAACCAUAGCAUUGGUAUUCUGCCGAGCUACCAAGAUCUGGUAGAUGAUCAGUUUCGCAAGCCUCAUGCAUUUGCAAUUCCUGGCCAGUCAUUUCAGUCCCAGUCGAGACAGGACUCUGCUCACCUUGGCCGUUUGACCCCCAUUUCACCAGUUCAGCAGCAGCAACAGCAGCUGCAGCAACCACAGCAGCAGCAGCUGGUAACAGUUGUAACUACUCCUACCAAACAGGAGAGUUUUGCUGUGCCUGCACCAUUAGACAACAAGGCCUCCACUUCAUCUGCAUCCAGUACUUUCCGAUGUCGCAGUGUUAGCCCUGCCGUGCGGCAGAGGAACUUUAGUGGCAACACCGGUCCUCUGACCACCACCACAAGUACAUCAACAACUACCCGAGCUGUAGUGUCACCCUUUAACUCACCCAUCACCUCUGAGGUGCUCAGUAUCUUGUCCAACAGUCAGACAGUCAGCUCUGUCCACAGCAUUGUCCAGCGUAGCCAGUCUGUACCUCUAAACAUCAUGAUGCAGAGUGAGAUGCUUCCUGUGCAGGGGCAGAGUAACACCGCCAAGAUCACCAAUGUUCUUCUCAGCAAGAUGGAAGCUGAUGGGGACGAUUCUGUCCGUGGUCUGGGCAUGAACAAUCUCCCUUCUAACUACACGGCCCGUAUGAACCUCACACAGAUCCUGGAGACCACUCCUAGCUUUGCAGGAGGAACUGCUCACCAGACUCAGCUGCCUGUUAGUUCCAGCCCUGCUGCCUUUGAGCUCCAGCAGCAUGGCUACCUCACUACUGGCAGUGGAGAGCAGGUGAGUUUCACCACUGGGGACAGCCAAGCACAAGCAGGCCCCAGUGAGCAAGACCAGCAUCAGCAGCUCCAGGAAGAUUCAGUGCAGACACAACCACAGCUCCUCCUCCAGAGCACACAGCAGCAGGAGGCAGAGGAAGAACAACAGCAGCUUGAUUUCAACAACACUGUCAAGGACUUGCUGGGGGAGGAUGGCCUGAACCCCAGCUCCCAGCUGGUAGGUCAGGUAGCUUCAGAGCUCAACGCCGUGGCAUCCGACUUCUCAAAUGACAUCAGACUGACCUCAGAUCUGUCCAGUAGCAUCACUGACCUUAAUACUUUGGACACCAACUUGCUGUUUGAUCCAAACCAACAGCAGGAACAAUACGAAGACUCGACACUGGAAGAACUGAAGAACGACCCGCUUUUUCAGCAGAUAUGCAGUGAUACUGUGAACUCUGGAUUUGACUGGCUAGAAAGCAAAGACCAGCCUACUACAGUAGAGAUGCUGGGUUAACCGUAUCUUUUAUUCUGUAUAAUUUCUGUUCUUUGUUGUUUGGUUUAGUGCAUAUGUAUUAUCUGUUUUUAAACCAUAGUUUGUUGGGAUUUGUCUGGACUUUGCCAUUCGUUCUGUUAAAAGUGCCAGGCUUACCAGAAAAUCUCUCCUGCUGAUGUUUUACUUCUCACCUCCUUUAUCAUUUUUCACCCAAAGUUUCAGUAUUUAGCCACCUUCUCCCUCAUCUGAAAUCAGAAACGUAAGCAUUUCACGUAAAGAGCGUGAGCACUCGGUGGCAGCAUGCACUUAACCAAGAGCAGAUUUGUAUGCUAUGGAUAAUCUUCAAUAAUGCAAUAUUUCUACUUCAUGAACAAUUAAGGCAAGUGAGAUGGUUAGGAAAUCUGGCACAAAAGACUUCACCAAAAACUGUUGUAUACUAUUUUCAGUGUGUGCAGUUCAAGUUCAACCAAAUGGAGACAAUAUUGGUAUUGUAGUGUGCACAUAAUAGUUGUAGUACGUUUGCCUGCCAUAUCUAAAUAUUAAAAAGGGUAGCAUCUUACGCUGCCAGGUGCUGAAUUUAUGACAUAAUCUUUAUACUUUAUCAUAAACCAAAUCAGUGGAAAACUGAUUCACAUCUGAGCAUUGUCCAAGAGUGAAAUUUUCUUAAAGCCUAUACUUCUUGUACUGUUUAAUAUCUUAUAAAGGGAGUUGAUGAGUCAGUAAGGAGAGGAUGGGAAUUCAGGCCACUUUGUGGACUACACAAUGAAAGGAAUCAACAACUGGCUGCCUUAUUCCCAAAGUCCAAGGCCUUACGCCAUCUUUAGAGAGACUGUAUAUAGUAUAAUGUUAAGAUAUCUUCAGAACCAUCCAGAGCUUCAUCCUAUCAAGGCAGCUGUUACUCUGAUAUUUUCAGUACUAUUUCUUAUUCUGCUCUUGUUUCGCAGUGUUACAGUAUAGUUGCGCAUUGUAUAGGCUAACGACUACACUGUGUGUACCCUUGUCAUUAAUGGGUUAAGAGGAAUUUGCUAUGCUGUCAUUUCAUAAAAACCAUGGCAUGCACUCUUCAGUCAUGAGAUUUUAAAUUAUUUUGGCCAUACUACACUCCCAGCUUGGAUCGGAAUAUUAAUGGUGUGGAGAAGACUUCGCUACAGGGACGGCCCAAAGGCUGGCAUGUAUGUUUAGAUGUCAUCUUGAAAUCAAGAGGAAAUUAUGUUUUUUCUUUUAGAGAUCCGGCCUUAUGUCCAUGCCAAAGAAGGCCUGUUUGAGAAUCAUAAGAGAUUAUUACACAUAGAAAUACUCCCAGCAAAUGUAAACAACAAUGGGAAGUGGGCAGCCUCAGAGAUAUUAAAGAGUUCUAUCGCAUUCGAGGAAAAGGAUUAAGUUGCGUAAACCUUAUGUACAAUUUGUAAAUUUUGAAAUGGUCACUGUCCUAUGUUCUAUAGGUAACCAUGGACCUGAAAGCAUGUUGAAAACAUCACUGCAAAGCCAGGUAGGCUAUGUGAUACAGUAGGAUGCUUGCUUGAGUUUUUGGCUAUUGUCAAUGUUGUAUAAGUCAUGUUUAAGCUCCAUUUGUAAAUAGGAUAGAUACAUAGAGAUUUGAUGUAUCAAGACACUAUAUUAUGGCCAUUAUUCUAGCUAAGUAUGUGCCAUUUUAAAAGAAAAAAAGCUUAACAGAUUUAUAGUCGGCAAGAUACUGUAUGUUGUGUGUUACAUUUCUGGCUCAAUGUGUCGUAACAGUAAUGCUGUCUGGUCUCGCUUGCUGAUUUUACUUUGUUUUUUUCUAUUCAAAGAUAAUAGGUCUCUGCAGUUGCAGAAGUGAUGUGUGCUUUGAGCAGGAUCAAUAGCAUGGUAUAUUGAGGGGAAAAAAAGUUGUGAUACUGUUAGCUGGUUGCAGACAGCUCUGUGACAGAAAUUGUGCUCAAAGUCCUUCAGCAGACACUGGAAAAAAAAUACAAAGACAAAAACAAAAAAAAAUUACUCAUGUUUCAACAAACUUUGGAGGUUUCACUUUAUUGCACUAAAUUUUUAUGACACAUGGCUUUGCCACAUCCUUAUGGACAAAUGUAAUGAUGGAUGCCCGCAAAAGAGAAAAAAAAGAUAUUUUUUAUGACAAGCUGAGUAAGGAAAUUAAAUGGAUUGUCAGAAAAUGACUAAUUGUCUUGUAGCAAAAUGUGCAUUAAUCUCAGUGAGAUACACGUUUCUUACUCAUUCUCAUACAUGAGAAUACAAAGCAUUGAGGGAAAAAAGUUGAAUAACCUUUUGAAACCUACAUGCUCAUUAUGUUGAUAAAUGAUUGUACGCACGCAUGUGUGAUGACUUCUGUUGUACUUUGUAUCCUUGGUAACCACUGUCUUCUGUGAUUUGGGCAGGUUCUGUUAACCAGACUGGCAGUGCUAGUUUCAUGAGUUACAUUACUUUGGUUGUGUGCUGUUUACUAAGUUAAUGUUGUUCUAUAUGUUUAUGUUGACGACUGUUUUCUGAUGAUUUUACAUAUUCUUAUUUUGCUAAAUGCAUUUGUGAAGAAAUUUAACAUUUUCUCUUCAUUUUUUUUCUUUAACAAUAUGGCACUGAUAUUUGAAUUUGAAUGAAGGAAAUCCACCUCUUUAUGAUUACAGAAGCUCCAUCAAUCAGUGACUCUGAUUCUAUACCCUUUACUGACCCAACUGUUUGACUAUCUUGUCCAUUUCUACCAGUAUACAAAAGAGAGAAAAAAAAAAACCCUCCUCUGUGGUGUUGUCUGGUGUUCUGCUUAAUGUACAGUAGCUUGUUAAUAUUGCAAAUGCGUUGUUUCUUUUUUCAAUGGAAAGUACUCACUGGUGAGAUUUUUAAAGUGGUUUUAAAAGCCAAUAAACUUUUUUAAAGAA